AUGGGGAAAGCAGAGUUCGGCACGACCAAGCAUCUGAGCAACCAGAUGAAGGCCAAAGGCCUUCAGCGGCUUCGCUUCUACUGUACCCCAUGCCAGCGCCAGAUGCGCGACGACAACGCCUUUAAGCAGCACUGCAUGAGCGAGUCGCACGUGCGCAACAUGCUUAUCGUGGGAGAGGAUCCGAAAAAGUACAUCCGCGAGUACAGCGACGCCUUCCUCAAGGACUUUAUCAACCUCCUCAAGACGGGCCACCGCGACAAGCAGGUCCAGAUCAACCACUUCUACCAAGAGUACAUCGCCAACAAGGAGCACGUCCACAUGAACAGUACCCAGUGGUCCAGUCUGACAGAGUUCGCCAAAUACCUGGGUAAAGAAGGCAUAUGUCGCGUUGAGGAGAACGAAAAGGGCAUUCAUAUAUCCUGGAUUGACGACUCGCCCGAGGCGCUCAAGAGGCAAGAAGCGCUUAGGCGGAAAGAGGCGCAGGACAGGGGUGACGAGGAGCGGGAGCAGCGCUUGCUGAAGGAGCAGAUAAAACGCGCGCAGAAGGAUGCCGCGGCUCGAGCCGCUGGGGAGAAUGGCGCAUCAACAGAGCAAGACCAGGAGGAUAAGGGCUUGCGACGGGAAGAAGGCGAGAAGAUCAAACUUUCUAUUGGUGCUAAGCCUGCAGCCGCCAAACCGGAUCCUGCUCCAGCAGAGCAGCCCGCGGCUGUAAAUGCUGACGAAGAAACCCCAGCGAAUGGAGAGGCCAAGGCGACGGACGCGACAACAGAUACUAAGCCUGUAUCAUUGAAAUUUGGAUCAAAACCAGCUGCCAAGAAUGUUUUUGCCUCCAAGAAAAACGCUUUCUCUAGCGGCGCAAAGAAAGUCAAGAUCGAGCAGCCCAAAAAGAUAAGCGAGGCAGAGAGGAUAAUGCGCGAGGAGAUGGAGCGCAAGAGGUCAAGAGAGUUUUCUGGUUCAGGGGGGCCUUGUAAACGCCAAAGGAUGUGA